AUGGAUCAAAACACCCAACAACAUGGUACUAGAAAUGAUGUUAAAAGAGUAAAUAGAGUUGAUUUAAGUUGUAUUCAGAAUCUAUUACAAGAAAAUGCUCAACAAAUUACUACUUUAACUACUCUUGUGUCUAAAAUUGUUGCUAGCAAUGAGUCUAAAGCUAGAGUUUGUGAAAUUUGUUGUAAUGAGUCUCAUACUGCUGAUAAAUAUCCUGACUUGCAAUAUGAAGAUGUAAACUUCCAUCACAACAAAUCCCUAAAUCCCAAUGGUCAUGUUAAAGCAGUCACACUUAGGAGUGGUAAAGAGCUAACUGAACCUAAAAUGAAAAGUCGUGAAGUUGAAAAAGAAAUAGAAGUCAGUCCCAAGGUUGGAUCAAGGGAAAGAGUGGAAAGUGAAAAAGAAAAUGCCGGGAAGGGUAAAACUGAAUCUGCUUCGGUUGUUUCUCGCUUUAAAGAUUUGCCCCCUUUCACUUCUCGAUUUUCUAAAGCUAAGAAAGAAAGUCUUGACAAUGAAAUUCUUGAAACUUUUAGGAAAAUUGAAGUCAACAUUCCCCUUCUUGAUGCAAUUGAACAGGUACCUCGUUAUGCAAAGUUUCUUAAGGAAUUUAUACUAACAAAAGGCAGUUUCAUCCUUCUGAAAAGGUGUAUGUUAGAUUUAGGAGCCUCCGUUAAUGUUAUGCCGAAAUCUGUUUAUGAUACUUUAAAUGUGGGUUCUUUGUCUAAAACUCAUAUUGUUAUUCAGUUAGCUGAUAGAUCUAACACAUUCUCAAUAGGAGUCUUAGAAGAUGUACUUGUCCAAGUGAAUGAAUUGGUAUUUCCUGCGGACUUCUAUGUUCUGGAUAUGGGUGAUAGAUGUGAUAGUAUUAUCUUGUUGUUAGGUAGACCAUUUCUGAAAAUUUCUAAGACAAAAAUUGAUGUUCAUGAAGUCGUGUCUAAUAUGGCUGAUGUGGACCUUCUGGAUAUUGAAAAUGGAAAUUCUGAUUUUCUUUGCCUUUAUCUGUGCCUAAAUUGA